AUGGUCCUCCCAUGGAUUCUUCUCAUUUCUUUCGUUUCGGCCGUGUUGUCUUCAACGACAAACGAUACUCUUCUAUGGGGCCCCUAUCGUCCCAACCUUUACUUUGGUCUGCGACCUCGAAUCCCCCAAUCGCUUAUGACAGGACUCCUUUGGUUCGGCACACAUGAUUAUGCGUCAGUCACUCGGACGCGGCAUAGCUGUGAACAAGCUGAUGAACUUAAAACAUAUACCUGGACCAAAUUUACUCGUGAAGGAGGAACUCAGGUCAUAGAAGACACGUUAAAUAACGUUCGACUCACUACAGAAUUUCUGAGAAUUCCGGGAGGUGUCCAUGGUGGAAGCUGGGCCGCCAGGAUUAAAGGAAAACCCUUGGAUACAACUCGUGCCUCUCGAAUAUCGACAAUAUUCUAUUUUGGCUUAGAAGGGAUCGGGGGCAUUGACAUGGAAACAGACGAGGACGAAAAUGGCCUAGAAGGACCUGUCAAGUUUUCCGGUUCCACCCCCCAACUUGAUGACUUCGUGAUUAGAGUUGAGGAUGGUAUGCUCAAACCUGAUUUGGUGGAAGCUAAUUUUGAAUGA